CUUUACAGGAAGGGGCGGAGCCUGGGCAGGGGCAGGCUCAGAUUCCGGCUAAGUAGUGGCUGUAUUCGCAGUUGCAAACAGCUUACCAUGGAGACGAACGGUUUGGGACCUCAGGGUUUUCCAGAGCUGAAGAAUGACACAUUCCUUCGAGCAGCCUGGGGAGAAGACACAGACUACACUCCCGUUUGGUGCAUGCGGCAGGCAGGUCGCUACUUACCAGAGUUUAGGGAAACUCGGGCUGCUCAGGACUUUUUCAGCACCUGUCGCUCCCCAGAGGCCUGCUGUGAACUGACUCUGCAGCCACUGCGUCGUUUCCCUUUAGAUGCUGCUAUCAUCUUCUCUGACAUCCUUGUUGUACCCCAGGCACUGGGCAUGGAGGUGACCAUGGUGCCUGGCAAAGGGCCCUGCUUCCCAGAGCCCUUAAGAGAAGAGCGGGACUUAGAGCGCCUUCGGGAUCCAGCUACAGUGGCCUCUGAGCUGGACUAUGUGUUCCAGGCCAUCACCCUCACUCGAGAACGGCUGGCUGGACGUGUGCCACUGAUCGGAUUUGCUGGUGCCCCAUGGACUCUGAUGACAUACAUGAUUGAGGGUGGCAGCUCAAGCACCAUGGCUCACGCCAAGCGCUGGCUUUACCAGAGACCACAGGCCAGUCACCAGCUGCUUAGUAUCCUCACUGAUGCUCUUGUCCCAUAUCUGGUGGGACAAGUGGCUGCUGGUGCCCAGGCAUUGCAGCUCUUUGAAUCCCAUGCAGGACAUCUUGGUCCACAGCUCUUCAAUAAGUUUGCACUCCCCUACAUCCAUGAUGUGGCCAAACGAGUGAAGGCCAAUCUACAGAAGGCUGGCCUGGCACCAGUGCCCAUGAUCAUCUUUGCUAAGGAUGGACAUUUUGCCCUGGAGGAGCUGGCUCAAGCUGGCUAUGAGGUGGUUGGGCUCGACUGGACAGUGGCCCCAGAGAAAGCUCGGGAGCGUGUAGGGAAGACGGUGACCUUGCAAGGCAACCUGGACCCCUGUGCCCUGUAUGCAUCUGAGGAGGAGAUUGGGCGGCUGGUGCAGCAGAUGCUGGAUGACUUUGGGCCACAGCGCUACAUUGCCAACCUGGGCCAUGGACUUUACCCUGACAUGGACCCAGAACAUGUGGGGGCCUUUGUGGAUGCAGUGCACAAACACUCACGUCUGCUUCGACAGAACUGAGUGCCUUUCCCCUCAAAUUCCACUAACACAGACGACUGAUUGUUUCUAGGAGAAUAAAAGUUCCAGA